GACGGAGGUCAGCGGCCGCAGGAGGGGGACCCAGGCGUCCGGGAGGCGGCGCCAGGUGCCGCGCCCCCGCCCUGGGCCGCCCCCCGCCCGUGACGCGCUCCCCGCCCCUCGGCGCCGGGAGCCCGAGCCCGAGCCCGAACCCGAGCCCGAGCCCGAGCCCGAACCCGAGCCCGAGCCCGAGGACGGCGCGGGGCGCGGGUGGCGGAGGAGGCGGCGGGGGAGGCAAGAGGAUGCGGCCGGGGCCGCGGGGCCGCCGCCGCCGCCUCUGAGCCGCGCCGAGCGCACGGAGCGCAGCCGCGUCGCUGCGGCCGGGCCGCGCCAUGGGGAAGGAGCAAGAGCUGGUGCAGGCGGUGAAGGCGGAGGACGUGGGGACCGCGCAGAGGCUGCUGCAGAGGCCGCGGCCCGGGAAGGCCAAGCUCCUGGGCUCCACCAAGAAGAUCAAUGUCAACUUUCAGGACCCCGAUGGCUUCUCUGCCCUGCACCACGCGGCCCUGAAUGGCAACACGGAACUGAUCACCCUGCUGCUGGAGGCCCAGGCUGCUGUGGACAUCAAGGACAACAAAGGCAUGCGGCCGCUGCACUACGCGGCCUGGCAGGGCCGGAAGGAGCCCAUGAAGCUGGUGCUGAAGGCGGGCUCAGCGGUGAACAUCCCAUCCGACGAGGGCCACAUCCCUCUGCACCUGGCAGCCCAGCAUGGUCACUAUGAUGUGUCCGAGAUGUUGCUGCAGCACCAGUCCAACCCGUGCAUGGUGGACAACUCGGGGAAGACGCCCCUGGACCUGGCCUGUGAGUUCGGCCGCGUUGGGGUGGUCCAGUUGCUCCUGAGUAGCAACAUGUGUGCGGCCUUGCUGGAGCCCCGGCCGGGGGAUACCACCGACCCCAAUGGCACCAGCCCCUUGCACCUGGCGGCCAAGAAUGGCCACAUUGACAUCAUCAGACUCCUCCUCCAAGCCGGCAUUGACAUUAAUCGCCAGACCAAGGCCGGCACAGCCCUGCACGAGGCCGCACUCUGUGGGAAGACGGAAGUGGUGCGGCUACUGCUGGAUAGUGGGAUUAAUGCCCACGUGAGGAACACCUACAGCCAGACGGCCCUGGACAUCGUGCACCAGUUCACCACAUCCCAGGCCAGCAAGGAGAUCAAGCAACUGCUGCGAGAGGCUUCAGCGGCCCUGCAGGUCCGGGCAACCAAGGAUUAUUGCAACAAUUACGACCUGACCAGCCUCAACGUGAAAGCUGGGGACAUCAUCACGGUCCUCGAGCAGCAUCCGGAUGGCCGGUGGAAGGGCUGUAUCCAUGACAACCGGACAGGCAACGACCGGGUGGGCUACUUUCCAUCCUCCCUGGGCGAGGCCAUUGUGAAGCGAGCAGGUUCUCGAGCAGGUGCCGAACCAAGCCCAUCGCAGGCGGGCAGCUCAUCAGGGCCCUCCGUGCCCCCCGAGGAGAUCUGGGUGCUGAGGAAGCCUUUUGCAGGUGGGGAUCGCAGCGGCAGCGUGAGCGGCGUGGCCGGUGCAAGAGGUAGUGGGGGCCACACCCUGCACGCAGGCUCCGAAGGGGUCAAGCUCCUGGCAACAGUGCUCUCCCAGAAGUCCGUCUCCGAGUCCAGCCCCGGGGACAGCUCUGUCAAGCCUCCAGAGGGCUCCACAGGUGCGGCCCGGGCCCAGCCUCCAGCGGCCCACGCUGGGCAGGUGUAUGGGGAACAGUUGCCCAGGAAGCUGGAGCCGGCAUCGGAGGGCAAGAGCGCCGAGGCCGUGAGCCAGUGGCUCGCCACGUUCCAGCUGCAGCUCUACACCCCCAAUUUCAUCAGCGCCGGCUACGACCUGCCCACCAUCAGCCGCAUGACCCCGGAGGACCUCACGGCCAUUGGGGUCACCAAGCCGGGCCACCGGAAGAAGAUCACCGCGGAGAUCAGCGGCUUGAGCCUCCCCGACUGGCUGCCUGAGCACAAACCCGCGAACCUGGCGGUGUGGCUGUCCAUGAUUGGCCUGGCCCAGUACUACAAGGUGCUGGUGGACAACGGCUACGAGAACAUCGACUUCAUCACCGACAUCACCUGGGAGGACUUGCAGGAGAUCGGCAUCACUAAGCUGGGACACCAGAAGAAGCUGAUGCUGGCAGUGAGGAAACUGGCGGAGCUGCAGAAGGCAGAGUAUGCCAAGUACGAGGGGGGACCCCUGCGCCGGAAGGCCCCACAGUCACUCGAAGUGAUGGCCAUUGAGUCGCCAACCCCGCCUGAGCCAGCCCCCGCUGAGUGCCUGUCUCCUAAGAUGACCACCUUCCAGGACAGCGAGCUCAGUGGCGAGCUGCAGGCUGCCAUGACUGGCCCAGCAGAGGGGGCCACCGCCGCCACCACUGCCGAGAAGCCCUCCAACCACCUGCCCCCGACGCCGAGGGCCUCCAUACGGCAGGAGCCCAGCCUGGGAGGACAGGCUCGGCACAUGAGCAGCUCUCAGGAGCUGCUGGGUGAGGGGCCCCCCGGGCCUGGCAGCCCGAUGUCACGAAGCCAGGAGUACCUGCUGGAUGAGGGGCCAGCCCCCGGCACCCCACCCAAGGAGACCCGGUCCAGCCGCCACGGCCACGGUGUCAAGCGGGCCAGUGUGCCCCCGGUGCCGGGCAAACCGCGGCAGGUCCUUCCGCCAGGUGCCGGCCACUUCACGCCCCCUCAGACGCCCACUAAAGCCCAGCCAGGCUCCCCUCAGGCCCUGGGGGGGCCUCAUGGUCCCACCCCAGCCACAGCCAAGGUGAAGCCCACCCCACAGCUGCUGCCACCAACAGAGCGACCCAUGUCACCCCGUUCGCUGCCUCAGUCACCCACGCACCGUGGCUUUGCCUACGUGCUACCCCAGCCCGUGGAGAGCGAUGCAGGGCCAGCUGCCCCCGGGCCCGCACCUGCGGCCGCGCCUCUGCCCGUGCCCACGCUGUGCCUGCCUCCGGAGGCCGACGUGGAGCCGGGGCGGCCCAAGAAGCGAGCCCACAGCCUGAAUCGCUAUGCAGCGUCCGACAGUGAGCCAGAGCGGGACGAGCUGUUGGUGCCAGCUGCCGCGGGGCCCUAUGCCACCGUCCAGCGGCGUGUGGGCCGGAGCCACUCGGUGCGAGCGCCUGCCGGCACCGACAAGAAUGUCAACCGCAGCCAGUCCUUUGCCGUGCGGCCCCGAAAGAAGGGGCCGCCCCCGCCCCCGCCCAAGCGCUCCAGCUCCGCCAUGGCCAGCGCCAACCUGGCCGACGAGUCGGUGCCGGAUGCUGAGAUGGAGGGGGCUGGGACCGAGGAGGGCCGGCUGGGGGUGCGGGCACAGCGCCGACGGGCUAGUGACCUGGCCGGCAGCGUGGACACAGGCAGCGCCGGCAGUGUGAAGAGCAUCGCAGCCAUGCUAGAGCUGUCCUCCAUCGGGGGCGGGGGCCGAGCGGCCCGCAGGCCCCCAGAGGGCCACCCCACGCCUCGCCCUGCCAGCCCGGAGCCAGGCCGGGUAGCCACAGUUUUGGCCUCAGUGAAGCACAAGGAAGCCAUCGGGCCUGACGGUGAGGUGGUGAACCGGCGCCGCACACUCAGUGGGCCGGUCACGGGACUUCUGGCCACUGCCCGCCGGGGGCCUGGGGAGUCAGGGGGGCCUGCAGAUCAUGGCCACUUUGUGGAGGAUGGUGCCACCCGGCAGCGGUCUCGAGGUCCAGCCAAGGGUGAGGCAAGUGCGGAGGGCCCGCCCCUGGCCAGGGUGGAGGCCAGUGCCACGCUCAAAAGGCGCAUCCGAGCCAAGCAGAGCCAGCAGGAGAACGUCAAGUUCAUCCUGACUGAGUCUGACACAGUCAAGCGCCGGCCCAAGGCCAAGGAGCGGGAAGCAGGUCCCGAGCCACCACCGUCACUGUCCGUGUACCAGAACGGCACGGGCACUGUGCGCCGCAGACCCACCUCUGAGCAGGCUGGGCCCCCAGAACUGCCCCCCCCACCCCCACCUGCAGAACCCCCACCCUCCGACCUGCUGCACCUUCCCCCCCUGCCCCCGCCGGACACCGAUACCCGGAAGCCAGCCAAGCCGCCAGUCUCUCCCAAGCCCGUGCUGGCUCAGCCUGUGCCCAAGAUCCAGGGCUCACCCACGCCUGCCUCCAAGAAGGUGCCACUGCCAGGUCCUGGCAGCCCAGAGGUGAAGCGCGCCCACGGCACGCCGCCGCCCGUGUCUCCCAAGCCGCCGCCGCCGCCCACGGCGCCCAAGCCGGCCAAGGCCGCAGCGGGGCUGCAGUCGGGCAGUGCCAGCCCGUCCCCCGCGCCCUCGCCGGCUCGCCAGCCGCCCGCCGCCCUCACCAAGCCGGCCAGCACGCCGCCCUCGCUAAGCGCCAGCCCCGCCAAGCCCCCGUCCCCCGGCGCGCCCGCGCUGCACGUGCCCGCCAAGCCGCCGCGCGCAGCCGCAGCCGCAGCCGCAGCUGGGCCCCCUGCCGCGCCCGACGGCGCCUCGCCGGGAGACAGCGCCAGGCAGAAGCUGGAGGAGACUAGCGCGUGCCUGGCGGCGGCGCUGCAAGCCGUAGAAGAAAAGAUCCGGCAGGAGGACGCACAGGGCGCACGCCCCUUGUCCGCGGAGGAGAAGAGCGCCGGCAGCAUACUGGACGACAUCGGCAGCAUGUUCGACGACCUGGCGGACCAGCUGGACGCCAUGCUGGAGUGACGCGGCCGCGCACGUCGGGCCCGCCCGCGCCGCCGGGGCCCCGGCCCGCACACUGACCUUUACCUCAGGGUGGGCACCUCUGGGCGCAGCGCGAGCGGGCAGGGCGGCCAGCCGACGGGGGCCAGGAGCAGGGGACGGCCUGGUCGUCCGUCCCCUGCACAAGCACAACUCCUGCCCCUGGGCCCAGGCCGGACAGCCGGCCUGGAGGACUGCCUGGCCAGGGGACCCAAGGGCUCUGGGUAAACGCUGCUGCCCGGUGGGUGCCCGUUCCUGUCUGCUGCGCCCCGUGCAAUAACUGCUGGGCCGCCCGCCCACCCAUGCCAGGCUCUGCCUGCUGCGGGUGCAGGAGGGGCGGCCCCGGCCCCCUGCCGUGAGCCCAGGUGGGGCCUGCCCGGGCGGGAGGUGGGAGGUGGGCAGCUGCUUUAGCCCCCUCCCCAAUCUGUGGCAGAGCACAGGCCUAUGCCCAGCACAGAGCUGCCCAUUGGGGACUUCCGCCCACCGCUCCAGCGCAGCACAAGGGGCUGGGGCUGGGGUUGCGCCCCUGCCCCACUGUACCCCCCAGAAUAUAAGCUAUGGAGAGUGUUAAUUUAUUGGGAAUGAGCUGAGGCAGAUUUCCCCAAAGAAACAAAAAGGUAUAACUUUAACAAAUAUAUAUUUAAAGAAAGAAAAAAUAUUAUUGAUUCUAUAGAAAACCAUUUACCAACUGUAAGGACACUGAAGUCUAGCUCAAGACAAAAGCUGUUAGAGGCCCUGGCCGUCUGUCUGUCCAUCCUUCCCUCCCUCUGUCCAGGACCUCUGGCCCAGUAGCACAAACAGGAGGCUGGGGUCCGGGAGGGUCCAUGCUCCGCUAGGGCCUCCCCUUCCUCUCUCUCUUUCUCCUAACUUCUCUGCGUCUGAAGAACUCGAAGGAUGUGCCUUGCUUGCUGCUGGGCUGUGUCCUCCACACCGUGGAGCUAGUGGGGAGGGCUCCCUGCUCUCCCGGGGUGCUGGUGGGAGGUGCGCCUGGGCUUUGGGGGAGCUGUGCGUGCAAUGUGGGCACACCAGCCAGGUGACAGCGGUGGGUGGAGGGUGUGCAUGCCAGACUGCGUGUGGCACGUGCGAGGGUGUGCCUGACCCUCCCUCCCCAGGGCCCUCCCCCAUCCAAGUUCCCGCGGACGCUUCUGCUCAUGGUCCCAGGCUGUGUCGUGUGGUCGUUCUUGCCCUCUCUCUCUCCUCUCUCCUUUCCAAAAAGUACUGACUGGCCUCCUCUAUUGUGUUUGCUGAUCCACGUGUGUUGGGCACAACUCUGACAUUUCUUAAAAAAAAAAAAAAAAAUUUUAACGCCGAAAACCAGCGGUUGUGAUGCGGGCGGGCAGAGGGGAUUGGCCAAGGUGGCAUCUGGGCGUGUGGGGCCCCUUCCAACUGUCAUGCCCUGACACUUCCCCAGGUGGGUGCGCCUGGCUUCUCUUUAGUGGGCGGCCCAGGCUGGGGCUCCAGCAA